CCGAGUCUACCGAGUUUGUCUACCGGCGCGGGUACCAAAAGAGACCGGAGAUUACAAGUCCGUCGCGGAUUGCUCUGACCGGCAUGUGAAGUCAGCUCUGUGUUGUUUAUCGUCCGCUAAAAAAACGGCCCGCCGCGAGACGCACGCACCUUCUGCCCGCUCGCUCGCUCGCACGCACGCGGGCCAGCCCGCAAUUUCAACGUACAUACCGAGUUCGCCCGAUAAGACAAACACGCUAAAGCGUUCAAAAGCCGGUGUAAAUGGCGCUCUCCGCACAGAAUCAGUCGACGUCGUACGUGAACUUGUAUUACUCGAUUGUCCAGCGCGCAGCGACACGCUACUUUAAGGAAUACUACAAUUCCGAUACUGGCGCGCCAUACGUGUUGUACAAGGACAAUAUGGAGAGACCCCAAGGCCAGUGGGGCCCUGGGCCGGGAUCUCUCCAGGACGGUGGACUGUAUGCCCAGCAGCAGCCUCAACAACAGGGCUCCUCUUCGUCCGGUAGCCCUCAGCAGGCCUGCGGCCCUCCAGUCGAAGGGGAGAGCGGACCACCGCCCUCACUUGCCUCGCCUGUUCCGUCGCCGUACCCUUCGGCACCUCCGGAGCCUCAGGCCCUCACACCAUCCGACGAUGACAUUCAGUCCAGUCAACAAAAUUCUCAACAGGCGCAACACACACAGGUUCAACAGGCCCAGCAUACACAGGUCCAACAGCAACAACAACAACAGCAGCAGCAGCAACAACAGCAGCAACAGCAGCAACAACAACAACAAACACAACCUCAGGAUCACUCACCUCAACAAUUAACGCCACACGAAGUCGAUCGUACAGAUUGUUUUCCCGGAUCUGGAGAAUUGCAGCAAUAUCCUCAGCACUACUUCAAAGAAACUAGACCUCAUCCCUCACCAUCUGUGCCACCUCACAUGCUCACUCCUGGUGGCUUUUCCGCCUUGCACUAUUUGAAACAGCCUGGAGUUAUGCUCACGUCCCUCGGCCAAGGAGAUGGAGGGCCUGGUCUCGAUCCUCAUCAGUACGCCAGUCCAGGAGCGCCAAAUAUGGCGACGGGCUUGCCUGACAUCGUUCAGCAAAACGGAAAGUCCGGAAAGGGUAGCAAUAGUGAUCUUCGAUUGUUCAAGUGCUUGACCUGUGGAAAAGACUUCAAGCAAAAGUCGACUUUACUUCAGCACGAGAGGAUUCACACGGACAGUCGGCCGUACGGAUGUCCGGAGUGCGGGAAGCGGUUUCGGCAACAGUCACAUCUUACUCAGCAUCUGCGCAUACACGCUAACGAGAAGCCCUACGCGUGUGCAUACUGCGAGCGCACUUUUCGUCAGCGCGCCAUCCUCAACCAGCAUCUGCGCAUCCACUCGGGUGAGAAGCCAUACCAAUGUCCGGAGUGCGGAAAACACUUCCGUCAGAAGGCGAUCCUGAAUCAGCACGUCCGCACACACCAAGACGUAAGUCCACAUCUGAUCUUCAAAAACGGAAUGACACCAACACUCUGGCCUCAGGAUGUGCCCUUUCCUCCUGAAGAGGGCAAAGAGGAAGUUGCAUCUACCUUCGGAGACACGGAUACGCAAUCGGGUGCGUUCAGUCCAGCGCCUGACGCGAAUUCGACACAAUACCCUGCGUAUUUCAAGGAUCCCAAAGGUGGUAAUCACACAGUUUUCGGUACUGGUGGAGCAGGCAGUUUUGGUGCGCUUCAAUACAUCAAGCAGCAAGGUGCCGGAAAAGGCUGUUUACCCGAUGUAAUACAACACGGUCGAUCGGCAGGAAUGCCACUUUACGUUCGAUGUCCCAUUUGUCAAAAAGAGUUUAAGCAAAAAUCUACUCUCCUCCAACAUGGCUGUAUACACAUAGAGUCCAGACCCUACCCUUGUCCAGAAUGUGGUAAAAGAUUCCGGCAGCAAUCUCACUUAACGCAACACCUGCGUAUUCACACGAACGAAAAACCCUACGGCUGCGUUUAUUGUGGCAGAAAUUUUAGGCAACGAACCAUUCUCAAUCAGCAUCUUCGUAUCCACACCGGAGAGAAGCCUUACAAGUGUCAGCAGUGCGGGAAAGACUUUCGGCAAAAGGCCAUCUUGGACCAACACACGCGAACCCAUCAAGGCGACCGACCUUUCUGUUGUCCCAUGCCAAAUUGUAGGAGACGAUUUGCAACCGAGCCAGAGGUCAAGAAACACAUAGACAACCAUAUGAACCCACACGCAGCCAAGGUUCGAAGAAACUCCAGUGGAGACUCGAAAUUACCACCCGGCACGCCGACUGGUCUAGGACCAGUUGUUUCUCGAGGCUUGACGCCGGCCGUUGUUAAACCAGAACUCUAUUUCCCUCAGUGUUAUGCUCCAGCUUUCAAUCACCAACCACCCGUCUCGUCAGCUCAGUUCCCAGGACAGACCAACGUCGUCUCCGUAACCGGCGAGUUCAAACCUCCUUCGGGGUUGCCGCCACAGUGACUAACCGUCCAUCCUGCAGCCUACUAGCAAGCAGGAAUUCCGCUGAGAUUUCAGCAUUGUUUUGGCGCCAAUAUGGAAGCCGGAUCGUCAUCGGACCCGUCGCUCAGAUGCCAACCGCUCCAGCAACACUAUCCGUGACAUUUACCGCGCAUUUACUAGAAUCUUCUCUUUUUUUCGUCUAAAAUUACUUUUAGUUCCUCCGCGUGCCGAGCUGAUUGUGAAAAGUAAGGUACUCAACGAAGAUUGUCUGCUUUCAAACAUCCCGACGUCUUUUCAUAGUGCGAGUAUCGAGGGUGAACUCUGGACGUUGCAAGUUAGUUUAACCAGUAUUAGACAACAAUAGCUGCUAUAUCAUCACUGCAAACGAAUAUAUAUGAUAGGAUAUCCCGAGUUUGAUCUGAUGAAACAACAGCAACCAUCUUAUUAUUAAUAAUCUUAUGAUUAACCGAGAUGCACAAAUAAAUAACACCGGAUAAAGCUUUUAAAGAACUCGAGAUGUCCUUUGAUAAACGCCUUGACUUUUAAAUCCUUGUUCAACCGUUGUUUCAUUGGAUUUCUUUUGUUUUUAUAGGAGAUUGGAUUACUGAUGAGUUUAACUAUCAUGAAAGUUAUCCUAUAGUUGACUGUCUGAUACAGUCAGUUUGAUCUUCUAGAUGUUCAGGCUGACUUUUUUUCUCAUUGAUUUCUUAUAAUAUCCUGAAUUCGUUCUAAUAAAAUAGUCUUGCAAGUUUUCCCUUGAGGUUAAUUAAAUUAAUCUUCCAGAGAUGGCCUGACCAUCCUGAAGGCUGUUUUAUAUUUGAGCCUUAAAUAUUGACAGACGGACUCUCUAGAAGUUCAGACUGACUUUCAAUUUUUCCCCCUGAUUUCGAGCGCCAGAUAAAACUGAAAGAAUUAAAACUCGAGAUAUCCUCAGGUAAACGCCUUUACUCGUAAAUUCUUGCCAGACCGUUGCUUCUAAAGGAUUUAUGUUGUUUAUAUUGGAAACUGAAUUACUACUUCGGUAAAGGCAUCAUUAAGUGAACAACCCUUGUUCUAUUUCUAGUACAACUUCUUGGCAAUCUUUGUUCGGAAUUUCUCAAGUUUGCGACGACAGAAUUUACGACAGCUACUAGUGUCUCCUCAAAUAUGAAGAUGAGUCCGGGUGAUAUAGAAACAUUCUAUAAAUCAUGAAACUGAAAUAGCUUACUAUGUUAGAGUUUGCAAGACUACCAAGCUUCCUUCGAGUAAUUCCAUAAUUAUUUCUGAGAAGUAUAAAAAUCUAGAAAGAUCAUUAGAUUCUUGCUUCAGUUGUUUCAGAGAUUAUACUUAAAAUGCAAUGAAACUGUAGGAGCCUAAUACAAUUUUUUAAUUGGCGAGCUAGGAAUAAUUGAAGAAACUGAAGUAGAGUUGAUUGAUAGCCAUUUGUUUGUUCAUCUCUGAGGGAAUGAAAAUGUCACUUAUCAGCUCGGCACGAUUCCUUUUAUAAGUAUGUAUUUGGAGUUCAACGUACCAGCCAAGCUGGUACCAUCAGCACACACCGUUUCAAUGUGUUUCUCUCGCCAAACGGGUUGAACAUGUUCGAUUUCGACCAGACUGAAAUGAUUGUGAUACAAUAUUUAACUUGCCUAUGUUUUAAAGAGUUGAAAAGUCAAGUUGAGUAUAUGAAUCUUGGAGGAGAGUGAAGAUGACGAGGAGGAUGCCUGUAAAUAUGUAAAACGUUAUCUAAUUGUUUCAUUGAGCGAGAGAGAGAGAGAGAAAGAAAGAGGAAGGAAGGGAAAGACUGAGAGUGAAAAUGAAAAAAGAGAGAAAUGUGGGUGAGUGCGUGAGUAAAUGCGGGAACGUCCGUAGAAUCGAAAUAUGGAAAACGAGGGUCGCAAUGAGAGGUAAAGGAAGAAAAAAGCGAAAUGAAUUUGACGCCACCGGACCCUCCUUCAGCCAAGAGCUCACGUUAUGACAGGUUGAGGAUGGUACAGUAGGAAGAAAAGGUAUGACUCUUGUAUACUAUUAUAAUAUUCGAAUGUAUAUUUAUACAACUGAUUAGUCUAUCUACAUGACGAUAUUUUGAUUGGUUUUAAAUCAGAUUGGUGCUGAUAUAACUAGGUAAGCAAAACGAAAGAGGGAACGUGGAAGAAGGCUGAGACACUGUAGACUAGAAUAAAGUAGGAUAGUCGAUAGAGUAGCUCAAGUUGAGGACCCUGACUGUCCGCUCAUCAAUUUAUUAUCAUCACCCGUACAUUUCGUGGCAAUACUUAACAAAUUUUACGUAAUAGAGAUAGUCUUUUAAAUUUCUAUAUUAAGACGUGUGAUCUCUCUAAUUAUUGUAUAUUAUAUAAUGAUCUAUACCUAGUACACAAGAUACAAGUAUAUUAUAAUUACUUAUUAGGCAGUCUACAUAGUCUUUUAAUUUAGACAGAGAUUCGAAAUGAUAAUUGUGCGGCCAUAUUUACUAUGGCCUGUUCGUAGUGCCUCGGAAUUGCUGCUCGUGGCAGUGAUUUGAUCGUAUUUUAGGAAGGUAUAUUAUUAUAUUAAUACUGCAAUUAUCGAUACUCUGAUACAGUACUAAAACAUAAAAUCGUGUCAUAAUAAUUGUCACGUUAAACGACUCAUAUUAAAUUAUUAUUGAAAUUUAUCGCGUAUUAUAAUCUAUGCAAGGCGCCAAGCAGCAAAGUAUAGCGCUUUGACAAUGUGAUCGUGGCUCUCAAAGUCUUUCUUCUAACAAUAGGUUUCUCGCUUCUCUUCUAUCACGAUUUUGGCAGUCAGGAGUUUUUCACAAUUUAAUCUUGCACACUGGAAAGAAGUUUACUUUUUUCCUUUAAAAAAAUCUAGAGUUUUCAAUUUGGUCAGUUUAAUAAGUAAUUUCCUUUUUAACUGUUUUUUGUUUCUGGAUUUUUCUUCUGCAUUUCAGACUUACAUUUCCUUCAUUGAAUUUUUAAUUUCUAAUGAAUUAAUUUAUAAUUUAUUCCGAAUUGGAUGUUCUGAAAAAUUUCCUGCGCUUUAAUGUUUUAUUUAAUUGCAAAAUUCACGAAAAUUGAAGGCUCUAGGCUCUUUUGAAUUAAAAAAAGUACAUGUGUCCACUGUGUCUCGUGUCAUCCAACUUUGAAAAAUACAGAUUAAAUUGUUUAAAUUGAGCAAAAGUUUAUCAAAUGAUUAUCCUGAUUCUUAGAUUUUAUUCACUCAGAAAAAAGAUUUCUUGACUCAAAGAAAUAUACUAAAGCAAAAUAUCUUUGUUCCAAUGACGUAGUAGUUCCACUUAGAAAGAUCAUUCUGCUGAAUUGCAGAAACCGUUUCUUUAACACAGGUUUUUUCAUUUUACGAAAAGUGACUUCAAACUAAAAAAAGUCGUUUUCACACAAAGAAAAAUUUGGAAUAAAACAAUAAAAAACCAUUUCUUUAAUCAAUUUAUACGCAAAGUCCUGUAUCAUAAAAACAACAGAGAUAAAAGAAAAAUGAAAACGGUAUCAUACAGAGGAAACCAUCUGAUUAUUCAAAAUAAUCGAAUUAUUGAACCUCUUAGAUUUGUUAGAACAUUUUCUAAGUGAGAUUUUAAUGCCGCAGAAUUUGUUUUGUGAAUCAGAGGUCAAUAAUAAUAUUCCUCAAGUCCUGACAAUGCUAAAAUCACGCAUAACUCUUUUUUUUCAUAAAAUGGAUUUAUCAUGCUUUGCUGAUAGAUUGACAGAUCAAAGAAAUUUGUUUAGGAUUCAAAAAUCUUAUUUUCUGAGUGAAUUGAUCAAAAUCAGGAAUUCUAUUGACACGAAUUUGAAUAUUUCUUCUGACUGCUGUUUAGAAUGAGCUCGCGAAUUGAACGUUUCCACAGGAUGCACCUCGCCCGAUGCGUCUCUCUUUCUCUCUCUCUUUCUCUCUCUGAUGCAUUUAAUGCAUCGAGAGUGGGACGAAGCCUCGGUAGCUAAAUCCCGUCUGACUGGUUGGUCGCUCGAGAUGCAUUCUGUUCGCGUUGCGUUGGUAGCCGCGAGGCCAAAGGGGGAAAAAAGACUGUACAGUGUACAUUGAAGAGCGAUACUUUUUACUUUUUAGGCAAGCCCUCGGUGUGAUAUGAGGAGUGUAAGUUGUUACGUCGAUUUAGUUGUACUUGUACGUAUAAACUUUAUCCUUCUCUUUUUUUCUUUUAUACUUUAAUGACAGUACCGCUGAACGAAUGCUCACUACACACUAUAUACUACAUGUUUUCAAGUGUUUACAGUACACCUAACUCCAUGCUGAAGGUACAAUUGCCGAUUUCCGUAUACCUCGCCAAUAGCUAUAUUUUAACAAUAAUGUCUCAUCCUUAUCUUCAGUGAACUUAACGACUGAUGAGUUGUUUCUGUACAGACUAUACGCCAACAGUUUUUUUUUUAAGAUUCUAUAUCACUGUUUUACCCCAAUGCUCAACACUCAGAAAAUAGUUUUGUUGGUUCAGUUUGGUUGAUUCAAUCGAAGGUUUCUUUAAAUCAAACAAUUUUUUAGUUGGUUGCAACGACAACGUAUGAACUUUGGACUUUUGUUUGUAAUAUGCGGAAGUAAUAAGAUGUGCUCUGGGGUUCUAAACGGAAAGGCUGGUCUCAAUUUCUGCUGGCAAUAAUAACGAAAAUCUGAUUUAACCGUGACCUUGAAAGUCUCUUGCAUCGCAUCUUGUUACAUUAGCAUAUUAUUAGCUUCAUUCAAUCAAAAAUUUUGUUUGAAUCAGUUAACUAUUUCAUUGAACCAACCAAAUCUCAAUCUGUAUUCAAAAAGAAACUUUUUUGCUUUAAGAAAACUUUUUUUCUGAGUGUAUAACGCUCUGUUUUCUUGCAUAACAAAAGUGCCGCUCAUGAUUUUGUCUGAAACGUUCUUCACAUUUUUGUCGAGAGAACAUUUUUAAUGUUAGUAAAUUGCUUCUCACGAAGCAUGCACGUUUUAGAAAUGGAGUGAUCAGAAAAUCGGUCACAUAAUAAUAUAGAUUGAAAACGGUUAUAAGAUGCCAAAUUUUGGGAAAAAAUUUAGAAAGAUUAGUUAGCCAAUUUUUGAACAAAAGAUAAUCACACAGUGAUAUAAGUUUGCCUAAACUUGUGAUAGGGUCGUGCAAUAAUAAUCGAAAUUUUAUGAACUUGACCAAUUUUCUGUUCAUUCCAAUCAAUUCUGAUAAAAAUAAGAGCAAAAUAUAACCUCGGUUGUCUUGAAAUAGAAGAAACUUUAAUUUAAUUGUUAAAAAUAUAUAUAAAUAUUAAUUACAUGUUUUCAAUUAUGAGUAGCACUCUUUUCCCAGAACAAGCUUGAACAUUUGUAUAUUCCGAUACAGGUUACCUAAAUUUUAAAUAAAUUAUAUUUUUAUAGUGCUGUAAUAUAGCAAUUUUUCUCAGUGAAGUCGAACUUGGAGGAAAAUACUGGCAUAUUAGCACUUUGUAUUGAUAUUAUUACUGUAAUCUUAAAUAUUCAGUUUUUCUUACCGACUCAUGUAAAAAUGUUUUUAAAACAAUAGUUAUUCAUUGUUAUAUUAUUAUGAUAAUUGUAAUUUUUAAAAGUUAACAUUCUCGGACAGAAAGAAGUCGUUGUACAGUUGCAGACUAAUACUUAAGACUAGAAGAGACGUGAAGCUUUUCUUCGUUUGACUUGCCACCUGCUUAAAAAAUCUCAAAUUAUCGGUACUUAAUUCUGCAUUAAUGAGAAUCUUACUUUGCCGCUAGGUUUUCUUAGCAGAACUGAACAGAACACUUUUUAUAUCAUUAGAAGUAAUUCCGUAUUAUGAUUAUACGAGAAAAUUACCAGUUUUGCAUUUCUUAUUCAAGAGGGUUAUAAUCUACGUAACAUUCAGAAUUACAUUUAAGAAAUGGUAUAUCUUAUUUGAUUUGAAAAAAAUGUUACAUAACAUAGAUGUACCGAUUAGGUUAAUCCUCUUGUAAAGGUUAAAAUAGUUUUUUGAUUGAUACUUUUUCUAUUGCUUUUUAAAAAUAGAUUUUUACAUUUCUCAGAAUUUCCUGAAGUUUUCUACUUCUGCUUGGCUUUAUAGACUAAUUGACGAAUUUUUGUUUCCUUCCUCGUAAAAAUCCGAAUCUCAGCAUAAUGUCGAAGGGGAAUAUACUUUGCAUUGGCUUUUUUCGAGUGUGAGUUAGGAAAAAAUAUUAGAAAAUUAUAUAUAUAUAUAUAGAUAUAUAUAUAUAAAUGACCUAUAUUUCAUAGGCGAACUGUAGAUAUCAAGAGAUCUUUUGUUUAUUAUUAUUAAUUAUUAUUAUUCUUAUGAUUGUACCCCGCACUCCUUAUUUGAUUACGAUAUUCUUAGCCUUUCGUCAGAGAUUUUGUGUACAUCGUAGAAAUUAGUUUCUAUACUGUAGAGUUUUCGUUUUUAUAUAAUAUAUAAAUGCAUAUAUAUAUAUAUAUAUAAAUAUACAAAAGGCAAAACUCGAAACUAUUACUUUAUAUCUCGAGAUCGCAGACGAUUUUGACGCAUUUAUGAAUAAUUCCUAUUCAAUAUUACUCUUUACUCUCGCAGUCACAAAAUCUAUUCGCCUCAAAGAACUUGAUCAGAAUCGCGUUUUUUUUCGCAUUUAUGAGUGAGGUUAAACUAGAUAUUUAUCACGUUAAAUUUUUUGUCAGGUUUCGUAAAAUUUUUUUUGUAAAAUUAUAAGUAAAAUUUAUUGUUUCUGUUAAAUUCGAAACUAUUUCUUUCUUUUGUUCGAGACGAACAUGUUAUUUACGAAGCAACAAAGUCCGCCCUUUCUCUCCAUGUUAAAACUGUAUCAAAGAGGGGAGAAAAGUGAUAUGAGAACGUCGCCAUUUGCAUGGGAACUUGUUAAUAUUGUUAAUAUUAGAUUUCGUCGUGCCAUAAGUGUCUAGUAUACCCACACGCCGAUUUUAUAUUUGUGUUAUAUUGUGUUUUUUGAUUCUACGAAAAAGCACUGACGGAGGUGCAAUUUUUAUUGACCACGCUUGGUUUACAUUAACAGCGUACCGUUAUUCCAAUUGCUUUCACGCAGAAGCUCAAAGUGUUGAAUGGCCAAGGGAUUUUUUAUUUUUAAAUAUCAAAUAAAGAACAAUUUCAAAUAGCAGCCGCACAAAUCAUCCAACGGUGGCUCAAAUUAUUAAGAUAAUAAGAAACUUGAUGUGUUCUUGAUGUUGCCGUUUUUUUCAAAUUGUUGGCAUUCCAUCCAAGUUUUAUGCUUUCGUAACAAUUUGAGCCACAUUGAGAUGCUACUGAAAGCUAGCACAUGUUGAUCUCAUCAAUAUUUAAGUUUUUUAUCUAUAUAAAAAGCAAAAAUUACUUUAAUAAGUAAAUUAUUGAAGCUGGCCAUUCAGACUUCAGUAGACGCCAUAGCCACAAAAUACUUUUUGUUCGUAUACUUGUUUGAGUUAAUCCAGCAAUUACUCCACAAGUGACCAAGUAUCUCUUUACACCAGUGAAACUUGUUUAGACUGUUAUUAUUUCGUACAGAAUAUUCGCCGAGCUCAGCAUCCCUCUCGCCCACUGAAUGCUCAACAUACAUUAGGUUAAGAUUAGAUUAUCUGAUAUGUAAAUUAUUGUUUCCUUUAUAAGACUCAAGCCAGGCCGAUUAACGCCUGACUAACAGCGACGGGAUGAUGUGUCCGGCAACGCGAAUCUUCUUUAGUUAUAUGUAUAUUUUACUAAAACAUCUUCGCUCAACGCAUUCGCUGUCCAUCGCUGCUUUUUAAAUACUUGUCUCAAUGCAUGGUCUAUCCUGUUCAAGUUUUUGACUGUUAUAUUAGGUCUCUCGCUAUGUUAAAAACGACUGAUUUAAGAACCAGCUUUCAUUCUUCAAGUUUGAAAUUACCAGUUAAAUCCAGUGACGGGCUUGUCAAAAAAAAUCACGCGAGUGUCUAUAAAUUGCAAAUAGUAACCUCAAUCCAGGUCAUUGUUCUGCUAGAAAGUUCUGCAGCACUUUUAUAUACACAGACAAAAAUAUUUAAUUUGUAUAAGAAAAUAUUUCGUUGCUUUAGAUAAAAAAAAAUAUUUAGAUUGUUUCAACAAAAUUGUUUUAAUUAAAUUUGGGGAAAGAAAAAUGAUUUGUUGUCCCAGUCAAACUUUUUUCUUAGUUUCUGGUAUGUAGUAUACGACAAGAGAUUUCUUAAAGCCUGAACAACACUCACAUUACUGAAAUACAUUGAGAAAAUAUUUGGUUUGUAUAAGAAAACAUUUUCUUGAUUUAGUAAAAGCAAAAUAUUUUUGUCAUUUUAAGAAAAGUUUUGUUAAUUUUACCAAAUUUUGGACAAGAAAAAUGUUUCAUUGAACCAGUCAAAAUUUCUUCUCAGUAUCUACUAUGUAUUAUACCACAAUAGUUUUGAUAAAGCCGGAACAACAUUCACAUUACUAAAAUACACUUAGAGAAAUAUUUGGUUUCUAUAAGAAAACAUUUCGUUAUAUUAAAUAAAAGAAAACAGUUCGUUAAUUUCAAGAAAAGUUUGUUAAUAUCAAGACAAGGUUUGCGAUAAAGCCGGAACAGCAAUCACAUUUAAAUACCCGAAGAAAAAUAUUUUGUUUGUAUAAGAAAACAUUUCGUUGUUUUAGAUAAAAUAAAAUAUUUUGCUUAUUUUAAUGAAAGUUUUGUUAACUUUACAAUUUUUGGAACAUGACAAAUUAUUUGUUAUGCAAAUUAAACUUUUUCCUCAAUGUCGUCUAUGUAGUUUACCACAGUAGUUUCGAUAGAGCCGGAACAACAAAUACAUUACUAUAAAAUACACUGAGAAAAAUAUAUGGUUUGUAAAAGUAAACAUUUCGUUGCUUUAAAUAAAAAAAAUAUUUUGUUUAUUUCAAGCAAAGUUUUGUUGACACAGCCAAAUUUGGGAGAAAAAAAAUGAUUUGUUGUCCUAAUCUAACUUUAUUCUCAGUGUAUGCUACAUAGUAUACCACAAAAGUUUUGAGAAAGCCGGAACAAGAAAUACAUGACUAAAAUACACUGAAAAAAAUAUUUGGUUUGUAUAAGGAAACAUUUCGUUGUUUCAGAUAAAACAAAAUUUUGUUGUCAUUUCAAGAAAAGUUUUGUUGAUUUAACAAUACUUAGGAUCAGAGAAAUGUUUUAUUGUCCCAGCAAAACUUUUUUCUCAAUGUAUGGUAUGUAGAAAGAGUUUUGAUAAAGCAUGAACAAAAAUUACAUUACUAAAAUACACUGAGAAAAAUAUGUGAUUUGUAAAAGAGAACAUUUCGUUGUUUUAGAUAAAACAAAAUAAUUUGUUUAUUUCAAGAAAAGUUGUUUUGAUUUAAUCAAAGUAGGGACAAGAAAAAUGAUUUCUUGUCCCCAAUUUUUUUCUUCGUGUAUGCUGUAUAAUAUACUAAAAGAAUUCUGAUAAAGCCAAAAACUUGAACAACAACCACCUUAUUAAAAUACAUUAAGAAAAAUGUUUGGUUGCUAUAGAAACAACAAAAUAUUUUGAUUAUUUCAACAAAAGUUUAUUUCAAUUUCGCAACCAAAAAUUGUUCUCAAUGUAUUCUUGUUGCUUUAUGCAAGUGAAAUUCCCUCAUAACCUUUUUGUUCUUAUUUGUAGUUGCAACUUUCGUGCAUGAAUCACCGGUAAUUCGAAUGGCAGCGAACGCUUUGACACCUUAUUGUACAGUACACAAUGUACACUCAUAAACGUCCAAGCCUGCCUCACAGAACGUUCGUUAAAGCAAAAAAAAAAAAAAAAAUUAAACAAGA